AGGUGUGGAGUGGGGGAAAGCGAUUGUAUCUGGACUGAAGGCACUUGCCCAGCAUCUCAGGCACUUAUAAGACACACGCAGAAGUUGCAAGCUUGAAGAAAGCACCUUUUCUGCUGCCAUGACAACCAUGCAAGGAAUGGAACAGACCACACCAAAGGCUGGCCCUGGUGUGUACCAGCCGGGACAUCAUGCUUCUCUAAAUGCGUAUCUAUGGAAAGGGAUGCCAGAGAAGUUCUUAAAGGGGGAACCAAAAGUCCUCGGGGUUGUGCAGAUCCUGAUUGCCCUGAUGAACUUCAGCUUGGGAAUAAUAAUGAUUACUGCCACGUUGUUAUUUAAUGGAAGUUAUUAUAACUGUCCUUUAUCAGUGUACACCGGGUACACUGUUUGGGGGUCAGUGAUGUUUCUUAUUUCAGGAUCCUUGUCAAUUGCAGCAGGAACCAGAACUACGAGAGGUCUGGUCCAAGGGAGCCUAGGAGUGAACAUCACCAGCUCUGUCUUUGCUGCAGCAGGGAUCAUACUCACUAUGAUCAGCAUGAUUCUUUUUUCAUCCCAUUACUUUUAUUGUAACUAUACUCAGAGUUCGGAGAAUUGUUCCAUGCUCGUAUCUAUGUUAAUGGGUAUGGAUGGUAUUGUGCUCAUCUUAAGUGUGCUAGAGUUCUGCAUUGCAGUGUCCCUCUCUACCUUUGGAUGCAAAGUAACCUGUUGUAAUCCUGGUGGGGUUGUGUUCCUUAUGCCGUCAAAUCCUCACAUGGCAGAAACAGCAUCUCCUGCACCAGUCACAGGAGGUUUGAUGCCACCAGCAUAUCAACAGCAAAAUGUUCCAGGAAACCUAUCUUGACAGUUAUGCAAGAACCCCGCUUGGGAAAGUACCAGAAUCCAACCCUGA